AGUUGCAGAGAGACACAGCCAGAGAAAAAAGAAAGAGAGAAAGAGAGAGAGAGAGAAAGAGAGAGAGAGAGAGAAAGAGAGACGGGUCUAACUUCCAAGGAGUAUUCUCCUUUUCAGUCCACUACGCUUCCUUCUUCCCUUCUCCGUUAGUUACCUCUUUUCUCAUUCCUCAUUUCCAAUCACAUUUUCUCCCAAAUUCACCUCCCUUUACCAAACCAAAAAAACCAAAGCUAUCCAUUGGAUCACGUCACCCACUUUUGCUUUUGCUCUCUUCUCCCUCUGAAUUGAGCAUUUCCGGGUUCUAUUCGCCUCUGAUCGAAUUGGGUAUUUGCAAGAUCUGCGGCUUCAUUUGUUUGGGGCAAAAAGUUUUGAUCUUGGCGGUGGAACAACCCAAUUACCGGUUUGGAUCCGAUCGGGGUAGAAACAGCGCCAUCAGAUGGCGCUGUUCAGAAGGCUAUUCUACCGGAAGCCGCCGGAUCGGCUUCUGGAGAUUUCCGAGAGAGUUUAUGUUUUUGAUUGCUGCUUCUCCACGGAUGUCUUGGAAGAAGAUGAAUACAGAGUUUAUAUGGCGGGGAUUGUGGCUCAGCUACAGGACCACUUUCCAGAUGCUUCUUUCAUGGUAUUCAACUUUAGAGAAGGGGAGAGACGCAGCUACAUCUCAGACAUACUUUCUCAGUAUGACAUGACAGUUAUGGAGUACCCUCGGCAAUACGAGGGUUGUCCCCUUCUGCCUCUAGAGAUGAUCCAUCACUUCCUUCGAUCAAGUGAAAGCUGGUUGUCUUUGGAGGGGCAACAGAAUGUGCUUUUGAUGCACUGUGAAAGGGGAGGUUGGCCCGUGCUGGCAUUUAUGCUAGCAGGUCUUCUGUUAUUUCGGAAACAGUACAGUGGGGAGCAGAAGACUCUUGAAAUGGUCUACAAGCAAGCUCCAAGAGAACUACUACACCUUUUAUCUCCUUUGAAUCCACAGCCUUCUCAUUUUAGAUAUCUUCAGUAUAUUUCCAGGAGACAUUUGGGUACUGAGUGGCCACCAUCGGAAACACCCUUAUAUUUGGAUUGUCUGAUUCUUAGAGACCUUCCGUUAUUUGAUGAUGGAAAAGGUUGCAGGCCUGUUGUACGUGUUUAUGGUCAGGACCCUUCUAUUCCUGCCAAUAGAAGUUCAAAGCUUCUUUUUUCAACUUCAAAAUCCAAAAAGCAUGUUCGCCACUACCUACAGGCAGAGUGUAUGCUCGUGAAAAUUGACAUCCAUUGUCGUGUUCAAGGGGAUGUGGUUCUUGAGUGCAUACAUUUAACCGAAGAUUUUGUUCGUGAGGAUAUGAUGUUUAAAGUUAUGUUUCAUACUGCAUUUGUGCGGCCAAAUAUUUUGACGCUGAACCGUGAUGAAAUUGAUAUUUUGUGGGAUGCAAAGGAACUAUUUCCCAAGGACUUUAAAGCAGAGGUGCUUUUUUUGGACGCUGAUGCUGUUAUACCUGAUCUAACCACAGUCACUGUGAGUGAAGAAGCAAAUGAGAUCGAGAGUGCCGAGACAGAAAGUGCUUCACCUGAUGAAUUCUAUGAAGUAGAAGAGAUUUUCAGCAAUGUAAUUGAUGCACAGGAAGGUAAGACGACAGAGUAUGAUUCUCAUGCUUUUCAUGAAAAUGUGGUGGAUGAUGAAAACCAUAAAGAGGUCUGGAAGGAAGAGUUGGACCCUCCUACUUUUGAGGAUUGUACUCCAGAUGACAGGAGUCCCAAGCAGGUUGACAACAUGGAUUCUGGUAAUGCAGUGAAAGACAUCUCUGUUGACGAUGUGCACUAUAAAUUUGAUGGGAGCAUGGAUUCAGAUCUUCACGCAGUGAAGGACAUUGCUGUGGAUGAUGGAGAAAUUAAUUCAACUUUCACUGCAGUUAUUUCUGAUAUAACAAAACCUCCUCUGGAAACAAAGGAUGUCACAGCGGAUGUGCACCAAGAAUUAGCAAUUAUGCAAAAUGAACAUGACGAUGAUAAGGAGGCAACAGAGAAGGAAUUAGACUCCAAGUCUGGGCAGCAGAUGCCUGAUUUGUCUGAACAAAAUUCUGGUAAACUACUUCCAUCUACUCCCAAGAAACAACUUUCAUCUAACUCGAAGCCAGUUGGAGAUACAUUUGCAGUGAAGCAAAAGAUUAAACAGCAAGAAACCCAUGGUUUUCAGGCAAAACAAGCUAAGCCCAAUGCAAUGACUAGGUGGAUUCCUUCUAACAAGGGUUCUUAUACAAAUUCAAUGCAUGUCUACUAUCCACCUUCAAGAAAUAAUAGUGCACCAGCUGCACUGACAAAUUUGUCCACCUCAAAGGAGAAAAUGGAAGAUGCCAAAACAAGAUCUUUAUCUGCUCCUGUAAUCUCUGGGGUUGUCGUUUCUAUUGACAAGACAAAUGACCUAAAAAGUCGUAAGGUGGCUGCUUCAAAAUCUUCUGGCUAUAUAUCAGCAGAAAUAGAUGCAAAAAGUCCACCAUCACCAUUGCCAUCAAUUAAAGAGACAUAUUUCCAGUCAGAUACUCAGGCACAACAACAGAGCUCAGAGCAAGUGCUACAGCCUCCCCCACCUCCUCCUCCCCCUCCUCCACCCCCACCUCCCCCUCAUAGUAGAAACUCUUCAGAUAUUUUUGAAUCCUUAUCAACAAAGGAUGAUGUAUCAGCUCAAGACUCUCCAUCUCCACUAGUAUCAUCAUCAUCUUUUUUGGGUAGAAAAGGGUCCAUCAUGGAGCUAAUGUCACCGCCACUGCCGCCACCGCCACCACCACCACCACCUUCAACUUUAACAUCAUUUACAAGACACCCUGCAACUUCUCUUCCUUCCCCUCCACCCCCACCACCGCCCCCACCUCCACCCCCAGUUUUUGGGCAAAAUAAAGGGGGCUUAGCACCUUUUCCAUCCCCUUGGAAAUCUGUGACCUCACAAAUAGAUGAAGAGACUAGUGGAUCUUUAACACUUCCUACAACCCCUCUUCCUUUUGCAAGCAAUGAAAUUGGAUUGGAAGUUUCUAAAGUGGGUACUGUAGUGGCCCCUUCACAGCCUCCUCCUCCUCCACCACCACCUCCAAUGCCUCCUCCAAGGUAUGAAGUUUCAUCCAUUCCUCCUCUAACACCACUAGCAACACCUCUUCCAAAGCCUGAAAUUCCAUCAAUUCCUCCUAGUCCUCCUCCCUCAUUUCCUAUGGCUUCAACACAUAGGGCUCCACCCCCUCCUCCCCCACCACCCCCAUUUGCAUCACAUAAAGCUCCACCUCCACCUCCACCCCCUAAUUCACAUAUUGAUUCUCCCACACCACUUGUCCCUUCCCUACCCCCGCCCCCUCCCCCUCCCCCUCCCCCUCCUUUUAAUAGAGUUUCAACACUGCCACCUCCUUUGAAUAGAGCUCCAUUGCCACCACCUCCACCACCUCCACCUCCUUUUAGUCAAGCUUCACCACCGCCUCCUCCAUUGUAUAGAGCUCCACCUACACCUCCCCCACCACCACCACUUUCUCCAUCAACUGUAGUGUCACCCCCCCCCCCACCACCUCUUCCUCCAUCUUGUGGAGCGCCACCUCCCCCCCCCCCCCCUCUUCCUCCAUCUUGUGGAGCGCCACCUCCCCCCCCCCCCCCUCUUCCUCCAUCUUGUGGAGCGCUACCUCCCCCCCCACCACCUUUUCCUCCAUCAAUUGGAGCCCCACCUCCACCUCCACCACCUUUUCCUCCAUCAAGUGGAGCCCCACCUCCACCUCCACCACCUUUUCCUCCAUCUAGUGGAGCCCCACCUCCCCCACCUCCUCCAUUUCGUGGAGCACCACCACCACCUCCUCCAUUGCCUGGAGCACCACCACCUUCUCCUCCAAUGCCCGGAGCACCACCACCUCCUCCUCCAAGGCCUGGAGCACCACCACCUCCUCCAAUGCCUGGAGCACCACCUCCACCACCACCUCCUGGUGGUCAAGGACCACCUCCACCGCCUCCUCCUGGUGGUCGAGGACCACCUCCUCCACCUCCUCCUGGUGGUCGAGGUCCCCCUCCACCUCCUCCUGGUGUUCCUGGCGCUCCUUGUCCUCCUGGGGGUGGACCUCCACCACCUCCACCCUUCGGUGCAAAAGGUGCAAAUGCUGGAAUUGAUCCAAGAGGGAGGGGACGUGGAUUAGCACGCCCUGGAGCGGCCAGUGCACCCAAACGAUCCUCGUUAAAGCCUUUGCAUUGGAGCAAGGUUACAAGGGCACUACAAGGAAGUUUAUGGGAAGAAUUACAAAGACAUGGAGAACCACAAAUUGCACCAGAGUUUGAUGUUUCAGAGCUAGAGAAGCUUUUCUCUGCAAAUGUUCCAAAACCUGCUGAUAAAGCUGGAGAUAAGAAGAAGUCUGCUGGAUCUAAAACUGACAAAGUCCACUUGGUUGAUCUAAGGAGGGCUAAUAAUACUGAAAUCAUGCUCACUAAGGUUAAGAUGCCACUUCCUGAUAUGAUGGCUGCAGUACUGGCUAUGGAUGAGUCAGCAUUGGAUGUUGACCAAGUGGACAAUCUCAUUAAAUUUUGUCCUACCAAAGAGGAGAUGGAACUUUUGAAGAAUUACACAGGUGACAAGGAGAAUUUGGGGAGGUGUGAACAGUUUUUCUUGGAGCUGAUGAAGGUGCCAAGGGUGGAGUCAAAAUUAAGAGUAUUUUCUUUCAAGAUUCAGUUUGGUUCUCAGCUUACAGAUUUUAAGAAGAGUUUAAACACUGUGAACUCUGCCUGUGAAGAGGUCCGGAAAUCUGCUAAACUGAAGGAUAUCAUGAAGAAAAUUCUUUAUUUGGGUAAUACAUUGAAUCAGGGAACAGCAAGGGGAUCUGCAGUUGGAUUCAAGUUGGAUAGUCUUUUAAAGCUCACUGACACUCGUGCUUCUAACAGUAAAAUGACACUGAUGCAUUAUCUUUGCAAGGUCCUAGCUGAUAAGUCGCCUGGACUCCUUGAUUUUCACCAGGACCUUGUUAGUCUGGAAGCUUCCACCAAGAUACAAUUGAAGUCAUUAGCAGAAGAGAUGCAGGCAAUUGUCAAGGGAUUAGAAAAGGUUAAACAAGAAUAUGCAGCAUCUGAAAAUGAUGGACCUGUGUCUGAAGUUUUCCGUAAGUCAUUGAAAGAAUUUGUAGGUGUAGCUGAGUCAGAGGUAGCAUCUCUGACAAACCUUUAUUCUGUAGUGGGUAGAAAUGCUGAUGCACUUGCACUAUAUUUUGGUGAGGAUCCUGCUCGUUGCCCAUUUGAGCAAGUUACCACAACUCUGCUAAAUUUUAUAAGGUUGUUUCGGAAAGCACAUGAAGAGAAUUGCAAGCAGGCAGAGUUAGAGAAGAAGAAAGCUGAGAAAGAGGCUGAAAUGGAGAAGGCUAAGGGCAUUAACUUGACAAAGAAGGGUACAAAAAACAGUUGACGGCUGGGUUUUCUGCUCCUUUGCAUCAACGUCAUGCUCUUGCCACAGGGCAGGAAUGUACCCGGGUAAGGGGAAUGCUUCUGAGACCGGUUAAGAAGCUUCCCUUUCCAAGAUGAUGAUGAUGAUGAUGUGGCAUUAGCCUUUCAAGCUGAUAUAUUGGCGUGGAAUAGUGAAGUCCUGCCUCCUGUGGAGUUUUGAACAUACAACAAACAGGCUUAGGAGAUAGGAGUUGAUUCUUUGUUGGCAUGCUGCUGAAUCGGAUUUAUGUGGCCAACUGAUCUUUUUUGUCGGAAUACUGUGGAAAUUCACAGAUUUAGAUGAAGAAUGGAUGCUUAAAUGAUUCCAUGCGUCCAGUGUAUGUUAUGAAAGUGAUGGAUCCAGUCCCUUCUAUGUUGGUUCAAGAAGAAAAUUUGUAGAAAGAAGUGGCAUUGGCUUGCAUCAUUCAUUUGGUAUAAUUUUUCUGACAGCACAGCAGAUGCUUUUUUGAUUUGUGAAGCACUGAAGUCGAACCCCAACCGUAGUACCAUGACACCUUGUACAAAGCACUACCCCUCUCCUAUAGGAUCCAAUUCUUUCUCAUGUAACAUAGAAAUUAGUUUCCUUUUUGAUAGAGAUUUUGGUAGGUACCCUUGAGAAAGUGUUGUAUAGCUGUCAGGUUCAGAGAAAAUAGAAAUCAGGUCACUGUAUUGUAACCAAUAUUAUUUUUAAUUGUGAAUCACGAGGCUAAUUUUUUAAUUGUGAAUCAUAAA